ACUGUGAACUCUGACAAAGGUUGGACAAUGGUCAAUCGAAGCACAUCUUGUAACAAUCUCCCUGUCGUAUCAGAAAAAAAUGAAACUUUUAAUAUAGAUAUUACUUCUCGUUCAACAUCGGAUACAGAGCAUACGUGGAUGCACCAUUCUUCUUAUGCUGACCGUUGGUCAACGGGAGUGACCCCCAGUAUUAGUCCUCUGACCACUGCGCAGGAUGGAGAGGAACUGGAAAGUUGUCAAGCAGAUAGCCCGUCUGAAAGUGAAGAAUCAACCAAUAGAUGUCACUCGUCAGAAGAAAGGAAAAAGCGGCCUCGAACGGCAUUCACAGCGACUCAGAUCAAAGCUCUCGAAGCUGAGUUCGAACGAAGCAAGUAUCUGUCGGUUUCGAAAAGAAUGCAACUUUCCAAAACACUGAAACUUACAGAAACUCAGAUUAAGAUCUGGUUCCAGAAUAGAAGGACGAAGUGGAAGCGGAAGUACACAAGUGACUUAGAGGUCAUGGCUCAACAAUACUGCCAAUCACUGGGGCUUCACGCUGCUCGUCCAAUGUUUAUUGGAGACAGGCUUUGGCUCUUCGGCUAUCCGCCCGGUGUCCCUAGCCCAUCCGGCUGCUCUAUGUACGGUCUCGGACAGCUUGUGCCUUAUAUGUCUUCGAACGUCGGUCCCCUCUCCACCGCACGCCCGUCUCCGGAUCCUUCGGGAAUGGGACUUGUUUCUUCACAGGAUGAAAGCCUCGGGCUUACAGAACUAAGAAGACCGACGAGUUAGACGUUGCGUUUUAUGCUUCUAGUAAACUUGGUUAAAACAAACUAUGAUAUUCAAGUGUAAAAAAUAUCGGGGCAGGAUGAAGGACACCAGAAAUUGAAUGUAUGUGAUUUGGGGCAAGGUGAAGGACACCAGAAACUGAAUGUAUGUGAUUUGGGGCUAGGUGAAGGACACCUAGAACUGAGUGUUUGUGAUUUGGGGCUAGGUGAAGAACACCAAGAACUGAGUGUAUGUGAUUUGGGGCUAGGUGAAGGACACCAGAAACUGAAUUUAUGUGAUUUGGGGCAAGGUGAAGCACACCAAAAACUGAGUGGAUUGUUCUUUCUUGAAGGUAGAAGUACGUUUGAUUGCGUGUAUUAAGAGUUAACAACUUAUAAACAACAACAACAACAAAAUCAAUAAAAAGUACGAAAAGUUCACUCUUUGUGUAGAAACCUUAACAGAAACCUGUAGGUAUAGCUGAGUUCAAUUACUCCAAGAGCUUUAGCAAAAUUGUUUUAAUAUAAACCAGCAACAGUUCUUUCCUCCUUAACACUGUCCGUUAUAUAGUGCAUGCAGAAAAACUAUAGAUGAUUGUACCUUCUUCCUCUCUACCCGAACCACCUUCUUACUGAUCUCAAACCUAAUAGGUGAUUAGACCUUAUUCCUCUCCACCCGGACCACCUCCUCAAUGAUCUCAAACCUUAUAGAUGAUUAGACCUUAUUCCUCUCCACCCGGACCACCCCCUUAAUGAUCUCAAACCUUAUAGGUGAUUAGAUUUUAUUCCUCUCCACCCGGACCACCCCCUUAAUGAUCUAAAACCUUAUAGGUGAUUAGACCUUAUUCAUCUCUACCCGGACCAACCCCCCUUAAUGAUCUCAAACCAUAUAGGUGAUUAGACGUUCUUCCUCUCCUGUCGGAUCACCCUCUUACUGAUCUCAAACCUUAUUCAAAUGACAAGUUCAUAUAUUGAUAAAUUAUCAACUGUCCGUUGCUGUCAUGUCACAUCCACGAAUUUUACAUACUAAUAUCUUCAGCCCACGUUUUUCCAGCGAUCACGAGCAGGUUAUUCUUGAUUUGACUACAGCAAGAUAUCCGUUACAAACAUGGUCGUCAGUCAACUUUACGACUACUGUCUUCUAGCCUAUAACAAAAUUAAGAGUAUUAAUUACCACUAUCGCGACAUUGUUUACAGGUAGUUAAUUACCACUAUAAGUCAGUUCUGUUAAUAUCAUAAGUCUAAUACAUUGAUUAUUGACUAGCCAUUUUACUGAAUCAUUACAAUCACAGACAGUGAUAAAAUGGCAGAUUUUAAGCUUACGAGAAAAAUGUAAAUAUAUCAUCGAUAGUUGUAAGCAUUUCUUUUUUUUUAUUUCAUAUUUAUCUUUGUGGAUUUACUAGAGAAAUGGAUCAUCCUAUUUUUAAAAUUACAAAAAGAACGAUGUUGUUUCCCGCGAAAAUAUACUCCAAAAUCCACCGUGGAAUUAUAACCCUUAAAUUAUAUAGCAUUAUAAGCCCUGCAGUUUGCCACUUGGCCAUCAGGAAACGAUAGAGCAAGAUAUACUUAUUUUACUGCGUGACAGUUUCCACAUGUAGUUGUCCAAUUGAGUUUUAACCUUCGAAGAUUAAUCGUGUAAUUCUUUUUGUAAGUAUAUCUUAACAUGUUUUUUUCGUUUAUUUUAUCAUCAUUUAACAGACUUACUCGCUCUAGUCAAAUUACAAUAAUGUCAUCCGUAAAUGAAAUGCCACAUGAUUUUAGUUUUAUACUGCUAUCAUCAUAGCGUCAGGUUACUAUUAGUUUGAUGAGAACGAUACAAUUUUCUGCUGUCUUUCAGCAAACCUGUCAUCUUUUAAUAUUUACCUAUCUACUAUUGCCACAACGAAAACAAUUCCCUGCUUGUAAUUAGCCUAUGUAUGUCACACUUUAUAAACAUUUGGUAUUUCGCAGUGAGUCUGUGACUGUAGGAGCUUCUUUUUUUUUUAGCGCAAAGCUACACAAUGGGCCAUUUGCGCCUCUUCCACCAUGGAGAAUCAAACCCGUAAUUUUAUCUUUAUAGAUCAGGAAACUUACCGCUGACCCAUCGACAAACAAAGCUACACAAUAGGCUAUUAGUGUUGUGCCCACCGCGGAUAUCGAAACCUGAUUUU